UUGAAAUAAUAUACUCAUUUGUCAUGAUUAAUUUUACUUGACACUCAUUAAUACAUAAUUUGUGUAAUUGAUUUAAGAAAAAGGACGUUUUAAGAUGCAAGUAGGGUGUUCCUUUGGUGUCUAUAGGGUCCGUCAGGUCUAUAGGUACUUGGAGGAUGUAGGCGGUACUGGAGGUACUUAUUAUAUUUUAACUAAUUGUCAAAAAUGUCAUUGAAAUAAAACCACAAAUUCAUCCCAGUCAAUAAUUCCCCAUUAUCCCCAAAAUUUCCAGUCAGAAUCUAGCAUGCUAUUUCGAACUUUUGUCGCCACAUUCAUUUUAUUAUGCAUCGGCAAAGCUGAGGCGGAACAUUUCGACUAUUACGUGUUCGCCCAACAGUGGCCGGCCACAACGUGCACCAAAUGGAAGUCGGGCGGCAGCUUCAAAUCGUGCAACUUCCCCAACAUGCAGGUGUGGACGGUGCACGGCGUGUGGCCGUCCCGCCACAGCGACCGGGGACCCGAAUAUUGCGACGCCAACGACACAUUCUCGCCCGCCAAGAUCGCCGACAUCGAGACCGAUCUGAGCAACCAGUGGACCGAUGUGCAAGCGAAAUCGGACCGGUACCAGUUUUGGGAGUACGAGUGGCGAAAGCACGGUACCUGCGCCAGCUUCGACUCGGUUUCGGAGUACUUUCGACGCGGGCUGCUGUGGCAGGAGGCGACUUCGUUGGCGCACGUCUUUAGGACGAGUGGAUUACAUCCAUCCAACGACAACUUUUAUGAUUUUAAUGAUUUUUUUGAGGCUGUGUCGCGGCAAGUCGGGACCGAAGCCUUAAUUAAGUGCCACCAGUCUAGAGGUCGAUCUCUUUUGCAUGAAGUUAGGAUAUGUUACAGCAAAAACUUAGAAACUAUGGACUGUCCUAAAUAUAAAUCGGAUUGUGGCAAUAAAGUCCUAUAUUUGGAUUAUCAUGAAGCUUAAAAGCUCAACAACUUUUUCUUCAUAUUAUAGUAAAUGUCAUGUUCAAGAAAUUGAUUACCAUUGUAAUUCUAAGAAAUGUAAUAAAUUAUUUUUAUUAAUUCCA